AUGGAUUUUGGUUUGCUUGAGCAAUUUGGGUGGUGGUGCCUAGGAUUUUUGAGAAACUCUCACUGGCCAAAAAACGCAUCACGGGUUCUGUAA